UCUCAUGAAGUUUUAGGGUUUGUGAAUAGCGGGGGCGAUGGGCGACUUCAAGUUCCCAUAUUUCUUUGAUUAUCCGCCUUACUUCACAUUGCAGCCGGUCCAAGACACCAGAGAAAAGCAAAUGCAGCUAUGGAAGGAGCUCAUUCUCAGGUAUUGCCAACACCACAAGUGUUUCAUCAUCAAUCUAGAACAGGAGUUCCCUCUAUUCCAGAAUUUGAGCAUCCAGAGAAAACUUAGUUUUGAAGCUCGAGAGAUGUUUCUAGCAGCUCUGGUUGCCGAAGGGAAAGCCGAGUGGCUCGACAAAGCACAUAAGAAGUGCCUCGUUCUCUGGCGGUCGAUUCAGGAGUGGAGCGAGAUGAUCUUGCAGCUUGUUAGAGACAAUGCAAUGGAGGAUGGAGUUCUAACGCUCGACGAGAUCCAGUCAGGGGAUGAAAGCCGUGGAACUGAGCUAGCUGGGAUCGAUCGUUUCGUGCUGGUGCGAGCACUGAAGCUCCUCGAGCAACGCGGCAAAGCGGCCAUGUUUAAAGGCAAGGCUGGAGACGACGAGGGCGUCAAAUUCAGUGCUUCAUAGCGUUUGCUAGGAAAAAAACAAAUUAAAAAAAGGAAUUAUUAAUUAAAGACACAAAAAAAUCGUUUAAAAAAAA